GGGUCCUUUUGGAUCGAAGUUCAUGGAAGAUGUUAAAAUACGUUUUGGUUUCAUCGGCGAUCUUGGGUAUAGCAGUUGUGAUUGGAUUUCGGGGUCUUAUGCUGGGCCCAGGACAAUGGCUAGUACUAGACAUAGUACCUUGUGACAACCCGGAGCUAUACUGGCCAGUCGACAUUUCCAGACAGAAGAUCAACCGCACCCAUGACUCCUUCACCAUAAGCAUGGACUUCGAUAAUGAACUCAACUUCUCAUAUGCUGGCUUUGUAGAUGCGUACCAAAAGCUGGAUGGUGGUUUCAAAUUCUACCAGAAAAUAGAGAGCGACUGCACAUGUACUUUCCUCAAAAAAUAUGCUAAGGAGAACAUGGAAAGGUUUCUUGCUAAUGCCCAUUAUGAUCCGCCUGAUUGUCCCUUACCAGCGGGCCCAUUCAGAGUAACAAACUUCGUAAUGGAUUACACGGAAUUACCGAAACAUGGGGUGUAUGGGACUUUCCUGGCGAACGCAUACCUAGUGUACAAGGAAGAGAAGGUGGGCUGCGUGAAGAUCAUACUCAACUUCGAUGAACGAACUGAGGAUGACGACGACGAUGAUGAUUUUGAUUUCUUUUAAAAUUAAUAAUUCGCUAGAUGAUAGGUCU